GCAAUGCAAACAAUAUGGCGAACACCUGCGUGACUUUAAUGUAAACAAACGAGAAUGACGUUAUUUUUUGAAGGCAUUAUGGAUUUUACUUACUGUUUUUUAAAGAGUUUUAGAUUAAAGAGUUUGAAAACUCAAUAUUUGAUAUCAUUUUCGGUUAAAAUUAUUUGAAAUUUAUUGUAUUCUUUGUUUUAAAUAUCAGACCCAAGCACACCCUCACUACUCUGAGCUGAGUUACUCACACUGUACGUGUGAUGAUUGAAGAAAGUUUAGUAGAAAGUGUCAAUUUACCGUUGUCAUUGUCAAAUUAAAACUCAAAGUCACCUGGACCAAGUUUCAGUUCAGUUAGAGUAAGUAUUUGGUUAGGAUUAAAUUAGACUCGCUUUUUACUCUUUAACUUGGACUUGAAUUGUGUUUACUUCAUAAUUUAUAAUUUUACUCUGAUGAGUGAGCUGUCAUGAGUCAUAUGAGCAGAUGAUCGAUUGCUGAUUAUGUCUUACAUAAUCUUUAUCAUCAUUAUCAGAAAUGGAAACGGCUACUUUUUCAUCCAUUUAAAAUCCUCAGUAUCAUCAUCGCAAGCUGGUUCAUCUACUACGACUACAUCUUUGUUUUCAUCAUAUUUCCUUUAAAUUCUCUUCUUUAUACCUCGACUGCAAAUGUUGAUUCAAGAGUAGAAAUAAAAUCUAUAGUGAAAUUUGAGUAAACCAAGGUAGUAAUUGUGUACUUAUUCAGUCUAUAAAAUAUGAAAUAAAUUUAGUGAAUGACCCAGGUUUGUAGUUGGAUUUGUCUACUGAUGAUGAUGUAACUUAUUGGAUUGAUUGCGGUCCCACAAAGACUGUCAACACCACAUUGGGUCUUUUGACUGACAAGUCUUGCUAUCAUUUCAGACACAGGAAACCUGGAUAAUACUGGCACUGCUGGAAGAACUGAUUCAAUUAAUGUCCGAUUUGGUCCACACUCAUAUUCAGUGGUUUCAACAUCAGAUUUUUUAAUGUUGCUAUCAUGUCUGGCAUUACAAGGGGGACGCAGCAAAAAAUGAUUGAAGCAAACAAUUUUGCUUUGUAUAUACCCAAUGCAGCCCAUUCAUUAAAUCUAACGGCUAGAAUGCUGCUGACUGAUGCCUAGAGGCAGUUAAUUUCUUCUCAAUAGUGCAGUUGCUGUAUUAUUUUUUCCAGCAUCGACCAACCAGUGGCAAAAUACCUCUCUAAUAACUACAUGCUAUGGCUACAGCAACAGUAUUGAAAUCUAAAAUUUCAGAAACACCUGCUUGUAUAGCUGAAGACCAGUAUCAAAAGGGAGAUACGAUAGAAGAGAAGCAAAUAAUGUAAAUAGAAUUUGCCCUUAUGUUGAAUUUUUGUAAUGAGAUUUUACAAAAUGUUUCCAAGGUAAGCCAAAUUCUUCUGGAUGGGGAUGUGCAGAUCUCUAAGAAUCAUUAGAUGAUCAACUGUGUAGCCUACUUGACGAGAUCAUUUAAAAAAUAUGAAGCAACUACUAAAGAAAUGUUACCAGAUGCGGAUAAAAAGCUUACUCAAAAUAAUAUAGAAAGAAGUCACUCAAUGACACUGAUGGACCAGCAGUACACCUAGAUGUGAGAGACAACUUAUACCUUUUCUGCAGUUACUGAUACACUACAAACUGAGAUGUGAAAAAAGGAAGAAUAUGAUAGAGAUUGUCCAUCUAAAUGAUGUGUCCCAUACUCAUCAUUAUCUGAAAAUGGCUGGUAUUUUCAGGAUUUUGAAAACUUAUUAAUGCUUCCCCAGAGGACUUAACAAAAUAAUUUUCCAGCUGAGCUUUAGGAGAUUCAUUCUUAAGUGUGGCAUAAAGUUAUAGCAACAAAAUCUGUAAAAAGAAAAUACUCUCAUGCAGAACUUCAUAAAAUAAUAGUAGAAGACAAUAUUAAGUGUGCCUUUUUGCGCAAGUGCAAAUGUGUAUUGCAUUAAUAGCUGUAGUUAUUUAGAAGUUAGAUUUUGCAAGGAAUGUUGAAAUGAACCGGAGAAAAACAAUAUGUUGAACCCCUUGUAUAUAAUACCUUAUACAUUCAUUAGCCUCGGAAAAUCCCAAAAAGUGUAUCAACCACUCAUAAGCCUCAACCAUAAAAUAAUUUUUCAAUGUAAGAAAUAAGGUACUAAAGAAAAUACUUCUGAAAAACAUCCAGACUUUAUUGUGGAAGUAAAAAAAAAUAAAAAAAUCUAUUUAAAAACGAAUAAAGAUACAGAAUAUUGUAUAAGACAGGUACUUGCUUCUAACCAUAUUGAACAUUUAUAAAAGUAGAUCACUGACGCAUUAUUGCUUUGUAUUUCAAGGCAUGUAUUCUAUCAAAUAAAAAUUAUGCGUUAAGUGCAUUCUGGUUACUGGCAUUAAAUAAAGGGCAGGUGCUCUUACCAUUCUAAAAUGGAUUUGAACUGCUGCUACAAUUUUAAAAAAUCUGACAUUGUGAUGUGAAACAGUUAGGAAUGCAAUUUAAGAUCCCAAACUUGUGACUCAGUUUUGUACAUAACUUAUGUUAGUUACCUUUUUGGUCAUUGUUUUCUUUAAUUGUUUCAAUGUACCUAGAAAAUUAUAAAAAUUUCCGACCACCCCACUUAUUUCCAUGAAAGUUUUUUUUUAAAAAGAUUGAUUUAGAAUAAGUAUAUUUGGUCACAUUGUGCAAAAAGAUAUGGAUUGUUGUACACAAAAUUACAACAUAAUUUUUUUAUUUAUAAUGUUCACAAGUUUUUUGUAUAUUUUGUAAAUUAUGUAAAUGGUAAGAGUAUAUAAGUUUUACAAGUUUCAUUAUCAUUACAUAUUUACAAAUUAGAUUUGUAAUAUUAUGUUUUUUCAACAAUAAUCUAAUUAAGGAUUCUAUAUGUCAGUAGAAUACUAAAUUCAACGUGUUGGUCUUAAUUUUAUGCACUUUUUUUUUUAUUUUGUAGGAAAAUUUUUUAACUCGGAGAAGUCAGGCUAAAAUUCACUGGGAUAAAAUAUCAAAUUAAAAAAAAAACAAAAGCAUGGAAAAGGUUGAGCAAGAUGAAGUGGGUGAACCAGCUGGUUUCACAUCAUGUGUCGACAGGGAGCUUGUUGCACAUCCACUGAUACAAGAGGGGGCAGCUUGUGUGCUGGCUGAUGCACACAAAAGUCUGACUUUUAGCAACAUGCCAGAAGAAAUUUUGGAGCACAUAUUAUCCUUUCUUUCACCCUACAGAGACAUGGAUGCAGCAAAACUUGUAUCCAAGCAGUGGAACAGAAUUAUAAAGUGUGAGUUUCAAACUUAAAAAAGACAAGUUUAAUUACGGAUGCAAAAUUUAUUCAAUUGAUUAAGAUACAAUUUGAUAAGAGUCUCAAAAUAUAUUUUAAAAAAAAAUCUUAAUCUCGAUCUCAAAUUAUUAGAUCUACUGUUAUAAAUUGUCUGCUAUGGUGAGACAUAUUUUGUUCCUGUUAAAACAAAUAUAAGAAAUACUUUCUGUUUAUGUUUUGAAGGUAAUGUUUAAUGCACUAAUACUCAGGUCACGCUAUCAAAUUUUCAUCAAAUUUUUUUUGUGAAUGGACUAAUUAGUAAAACAAAAUGGUUCAUUCCAAAAGAAAUUUGAUGAAAAUUUGCUGAGCAUUAGGGUUUUUACAAUUUUUUUAGCAUUAAAUGGUUAUUGAAAUUGAAAGUAACCAUUAACACAUUAAAAAGAAAACCAUUAAAGAAUUUCUUUUUAAAAAAAAAGAAAAAUGCACCCACCAAAGUAUUUCAAAGGUGAACAUCAGGCAUUUUCAAAAUCUUAACAGCUGUUGUGAGCCAGAGGAAACGAAGGUUUUAUCAGUCUGUGGCCAACUGUGAGGUGAGCUGGACUUUGCUCACCAAAGAGAUUACCGGCCAAGGGAAUCCUGAAAGAGGAUACUUAAGGUGAGAUAAGUUUUGUGAACAAGUUUCUAAUAUUGCUCAUGACGAGUGCUCUAGAAUGAUAGGCCUUCUAACAAAUUAAUCAUAAACACUUGCUCGGCUUUAUUGCAACCGUAAGACUGAAUUUUUGAAUGGUAAAUCCUUGUUUAAUAAAUUUGGUUUGUUUGGAGCUGACAAAAAAGAUUGAGAUAAUAAUAACCACAAUUCGUUGGUAGCCUAUUUUUGGAGUCAUGUAUUCCUGUGUUUUUUUUAUUGGUCUGUUCAUAAUAGUUCCAAUAAUGCCGAGCAUAACUGUAAGAAGUUUCAUGUUUUUCCAUGAAAGCCAAUCUAUUUUUUGCUUCAAUUUAAGCAUCAGUGACAGACAUUCACACAGCGCUGCCUACCACGAUGGUUCUAUGUACAUAUUUGGUGGUUGUACAUCGACCAACACAACUUUCAAUGAUUUGUGGAGAUUUGAUCUGACUACAAGACAGUGGAUCCGACCCGUGGCCAUGGGUAAAGCUACCAGCAUAACUUUUUUUUUCUUUUUGAAACUUAUUGUAACUGAUCAUUGUUACUGAUUGUAACUGUAACUGCUUCCUCAUCCUGCAAUCAUCAGUUAUUUUUGCCUGGUGGCCUUGCUUGACUUUAGUUAACUUAAGUUACUCGAUAAAUCCAUAGCACAAACACACUCACAGAUAACAUAUGAAGUAAGUCACUUUUCCACACUACACUUUGUUACAUAUAAUAGAAAUACUACUCAGUGAAUAUUUUAAUAAAGUAGAUAAUUGCAUACCACAUAUUAAAAAGAAUCUUGGGUAGGUAUUCAAUCUCUACUGAACAGAGAACAAUCUCUACUGAACAGAACAAUCUACUGAACAGAGAACAAUCUUGACUGAACAGAGAAAAAUCUCUACUGAACAGAGAACAAUCUCUACUGAACAGAGAACAAUCACAACUGAAAAGAGAACAAUCUCUACUCUAAUGAACAGAGAACAAUCUACUGAACAGAGAAUAAUCUUUACUGAACAGUGAACAAAUAUCUACUGAACAGAGAACAAUCUCUACUGAACAGAGAACAAUCUCUAGUGAUGAAAUUUAUGUUCCUGUUUUUGUCAUGACUUCAAAAUUACAUUCUAGUAAAGUUAUACCUUAGCCAACAUAGAAUCACUUUUCAAACACUGUGUAACCCUAUGGGUAAUUUGUCACUGAUCCCAGGCGUACAUAAGUGGCUAUUCAUUUUUAUGUUUAAAAUAACUUACAUUAUAGUUCAAAGAGACUUCCAGGGCAUCAGAAUGGCCUGCAAUUUGCUAGCCAUUGCAUCAUUAUAAAAAGCUGACCCUCCCCCCUACCCCCCCCCCCCCCCCCGUUACAUGUUACAUCUGUUACUUGAACAGUUUCUACCUCACUGGUCACCUGUUACAGCCUGUUUAAUGUGUAACAGAAUGAGUCAUACAUUUAUUUACUUAUUUCUAUUGACAGGUACUUAUCCAUCUCCUAAAGCCUGUGCCACUAUGGUGGUUUAUAAUGGCACUUUGGUCUUAUUUGGAGGCUGGAGUCAUCCAAUACCUUAUCCUAAUCCCCAUCAGGUAAAUGCCUCCACUAUAUCAGUUAAAUGCCUCCUGAAGGAUUAAAUGAAGAAAGUUUUUUGAAAUUGGAACAAAUCUUAUUUAAAUUUAUAAAAGCAAAUUGACUUGAAAUUAAAAAAAACAACAACUUAUAUUUGUGCGUUUUUUUUCUUCCCCAAAAUUUCAAGUCCGCUCACUACUUUUCUGAGCUGCACGUCUACAGCCCGUCAACCAAUCGUUGGUCUCAUAUCCUGUCCCUUGGUCAAGAGCCCGAAGCAUUGGGUGGGCACUCUGCAUCAGUUGUUGGUCAUCUGAUGGUAGUCUUUGGUGGCUCUCCCAGGACAGGACUUGGGUAGGUCUUCCUGUUGACAUUUGUGUUUAUCCUGCACCCACCAUUCAAGCUGUUAUCUAUUUGAACAGUUACAGUUAUUAUAAAGAACCUUUUAGUUAGAAGAUAUAUCAGGUCAGCAGUAUCUGGGAUUUUUGGUCAGAUUUUGAUACAGAAAGAAUUCAUUUUAAAGUUGGACGUUGUCCUUAAAAUGGCACGGUCCAGUUGAUUGAUGACUUAAAAAACCUUUUCAUGUUUAAAUUCAGUUGUUUUAUUGCCUUGUGCACACAUAUUCAGGACCAACAACGUCUGGGUGUUCAACUUUCAAAAGUGCACAUGGAAACUUCAGCCUGUGGCCAGGGAUCCAAAGCCUGAGCCGAGAUACGGGCAAUAUCAGGUUGGUGAAAUAAUUAGAGCCACGACUCUGCAAGUACAAGACAUCAGCCUCAAAAAACUUUCACUAGCUGUUGGUAAUAAGACAGAAAGGCAGAUGGGGGGGGGGCGACUUAACAUGACCUUGGCCGCAUGUUGCAUGCUCAAAUGGUCCCGAGGGUGAACAGUUUGUCGCAUUAGGAUGGACAGGGAUACUUUAUUUAAAGGGAUGUGUGGCUGGAGGUGUUACCAUGAAAAUUCAUCUGAAACAUUCAUUCAACAGUCUUGCUCUUUUUUUUCCAAACCUGAACACAUCUUGUUCCACUGUUUGUUGACUGAAAUCAUCGCAAUGUAAAUUUUAGUGGGUAGUUUUAGAUGAAAGAUCAGUUGUGAUGUCAGAAAUAUUUUGUGUGGGGAAAAAAAGUUAAGAGUCAAAUAAAAUGUACAGAGGUAUGGAAGAUGUUUUAGUCUGAACUUGUUUUUGUCAACUUACCAGCACAUUAAUGGGCAACCCUGCUACCAUUGGUCAUUUUUGUCAACUUAGCAGCACACUAAUGGACAACCCUGGUAUCAUUGGUCAUUUUUGUCGACUUAGCAGCACACUAAUGGACAACCCUGGUAUCAUUGGUCAUGUUUGUCAACUUAGCAGCACACUAAUGGACAACCCUGGUAUCAUUGGUCAUUUUUGUCAACUUAGCAGCACACUAAUGGUCAACCCUGGUACCAUUGGUCAUUUUUGUCCACUUAGCAGCACACUAAUGGACAACCCUGGUAUCAUUGGUCAUUUUUGUCGACUUAGCAGCACACUAAUGGACAACCCUGGUAUCAUUGGUCAUGUUUGUCAACUUAGCAGCACACUAAUGGACAACCCUGGUAUCAUUGGUCAUUUUUGUCAACUUAGCAGCACACUAAUGGACAACCCUGGUAUCAUUGGUCAUUUUUGUCAACUUAGCAGCACACUAGUGGACAACCCUGGUAUCAUUGGUCAUGUUUGUCAACUUAGCAGCACACUAGUGGACAACCCUGGUAUCAUUGGUCAUGUUUGUCAACUUAGCAGCACACUAGUGGACAACCCUGGUAUCAUUGGUCAUGUUUGUCAACUUAGCAACACACUAGUGGACAACCCUGGUAUCAUUGGUCAUUUUUGUCAACUUAGCAGCACACUAAUGGAUAACCCUGGUAUCAUUGGUCAUGUUGAUCCUAGAUAGUGAGGUUUAUGAAUGCUAUGCUAAAAAUGAAUCUUCACCCACCCAGACGGCCACUGUUCAGUUUGUACAAACAUUUGUGUGGAGAACUUAAAAGCAGACUUAGAGCAACGGACAAAUGUAUUUAAAAAAAGAGUUAAUUUUAAUUUAAUUAAUUUGUAGACUGGUAGAUCUGAUUUCUUCUUAUUUUGGUUCUUUUCCUUUUCAGACAACACUAGAUGAGAGUCACAUCCUUAUAAUGGGAGGAUCUGUAGGCGGAAGCAGAGUGAGUUAAGCUAUUAUAAUGUUACACAUAACGAUUUGGGGGAGUGGGACACGUUUGAAUGGUUAGUAGUUUUAAGUAAACUUGUAAACAAAAAGGAAAAUCUCUGUGUUUUAAAAUGUUAAAGUUGGUCGAGUUAAAGUGAUCUCAGUGGUAAAAGAUCAGGAGUUGCAAGGGGCUGAAAAUAAUUUUUUGUUAAAAGAACAGGAUGAUUUAAUUUGUGUUGGAAAAGUAACUGUAUCAUGAUGACAUGUCAAUGGCAGGUUUACAAUGACAUGUGGUUGUUGACCCUGCACCCCACCGACCCUUGGUUUUGGACAAGGAUCAAUGUUGAGCACCCAGAACUUGCAGCCACUCAGUCAUGGUGUCAUGCUGCUUGCAGAGUAAGAUUAUGUCCCUUUUUGUUAAAGUUUAAAUUUACAAACAACAUUUCUCUCUCCUCCUCCCCCCCCUCCCCCCCCCCAAUCUUAACAGAACAACUCUGACAAUGAAAAGCUUUUGGCAUCACAGAAUCAUCCAUUUAUAAAUAUUUAAGAUUAAAUUAAUUUUUAAAUUUUUAUUUAUAAAAAGUGAAGAAUUCUGUAAUAAAUCUUGAAUUUACAAUGUCAUAAAAAUAAACAAAAUACUGUAAAAAGUCGAGAAAUUAAAUUUGAGCCAACCAUGCAUUUUAUCCUGCAGGUCAACGAUGUUAUAGUGGUAGUGGCUAAAUCAAAUAAGCCGCGCCAGGCCCGCAACAUCCGAACACGGGCGGCACGCGCGGGCCCACCCAAAGCGACAGCUUCAAACUGUUACGGUUGCGGCAGUGAGAAUACCUUGCCAGCGUCAAACAAUGUUGCGCAGCCCAACAGUCCGGUCAGUCCCCAAGAAGCCAGGCCUCAAAGGCAAGAGGACCUGAGUCCUUUGAAAGAUCUCCAGCACAUUUGUGAGGAUGAAUCUUGUAACAGGAAUGUCAAGAAUGGAGGUUUGUACACAGCUGUUUUGCCUGAUGGGUGUGCGUACUCCCUCUUUAGCUUCAAGGGGGAAAAAUGAAUGCAUGACACCUCUCCUAGGUAAAAAUAUUCCACUGGCUCCCGUAAAAGAAAUUGGGUGAUAAUCGCAACAACAGAACAGAUUAUUCAUUUUUCAAAUUCUUACCUUUGGUUUAAUUAUUAUGCUUCUCUAAACUGUGAGUUCAGAUAUAAAACAGAAAUUUUAUCAAAAUCACCAUGAAACAAUCCUUAAAUAUCAGUUUGGUUUCUUAACAUGAUCAUUUUAAACUACUAUGAGUUACAAUAGCUUUUUUUACAGUUUAUAUAUACCAAGAUGGCUUUAUUAAAUUUAUUUAUUUAGGCAUUUUUAUAUAGCGCUUACCUUAAAGCUCUAAGCGCUUUACAAUUAUUAAAAACAUGUAAACUAAGUAAAAUAAAAAUGAAAAACCAGAGACACUAGGAUAGUUACUACUAUACUAUAGAAACAAUUAAAAUGGCUAUAAAACGAGUAUACAUUGGCACGUUUUGGCCUAUACUACAGGAUCAAUAAUUAAAUAUUUUUUUUCAUUAAAUUUUAAGAUCUGCAUGAUGACGACGAUCAGAAAGGUCACAAUUCGCCCAACAAAAAUCUUCUGGCCUUGCAGCAGCGGCUACAUCGUGAAUGUGCUAACCUACCCGACCCAGACAACCAUCAUCACAAUCCCCACGGUUUCAACAAAGAUGAACCAGAGGGCCAUUUCAACAGACUCAGUAGCCGUUAUGGCCCCGAGGCGCCCACCGGUGCCGGGCACAGCCCAUUUCGUGACCAACCGCAGCAGGUGGACCAGCCUCAGAAUGGCAGCUUUCAAAGGGCGAACGUCCCAGCGUGUAUCAGGGGCAGAGGAGGUGGGGUCAUGCCUUCAGUCCGUCCCAAUGCAAUGUGCAAUAGACAGAAGCAGCUAGAGGCCUUACUGCGUCAAGAAGAAAUACUGAGGUCUAAAUCCCGGGCCCUUGCCGCAGCCAGGAGUAAACAACCAGUUGAAGCAAGCAACUGCCCUGUCGUGGACGAGACCGUCCCCGACAUCAUCACGACGAAAAACAGAAUGGAUGCUCAUGCCCUGAACAUCAGUCGUGUGUUGAGCGAUGGGGUGGCAGAGUGGAGGCCGCUCAGUGAGUUACAGCCGAGCUGUGCACCCACGGAGACGAUUUGUUGCAGUAUGUUAGAAGGAAGGGGGGAGCUGGUGCUGUUUGGUGGCGUGAUCAGAGACAUGAAAAGUCCUGUGGGGACUAACACGGCCAUUAACAAACUCUACAUACUUCAGCCACGGUGAAUGGAUGGUCAGCCUUGAUUGGUGGGUUAUUUUUAACAAUUAAUUGUGAUCUAGAUGUUAAACAGAUAUAUAUCUUUACAAGAUGGAAAAUACUAUUACAGUCUUUGGUUCUUGGUAGUAGCGAGUCACAGAGAGAUAUAGAUGACUUUAAAAUAAGCAACUUGAGUUAAGAGUCAGGACUUUAAAAUAAUUAAUUGGAGUUAGGAGUCAGGACUUUAAAAUAAGCAGUUUUGGACUUAAAAAUAAGCAAUUUGAGUUAGGUGUCAGGCUGGCCUUGAUGCUAGUGCCAGGUACUCUUUCUUGUGGUGGAUAUACAAGUUUAAAACAACUGUUGGAUUAAGUUACUUGUUUGAUUAUAUGCCCAUUAAUUAUUGUUGAAAUAUUUCAAACAAAACAUAACAGUCUAACUUAUUCUAAUUGAAAAAAAUUCCCAGCCUAAAUGCACACAUACAAUUGUUUUAUUAAGUAUCUGCUGCAAUAAAUGCUUAAGUAAGAAAACUGAUUUGCGUUAGAUUGCUGAAUUAAAAAAAUAAAUUUGCUAGAUAACUAGUAUAUUUAUUGUAAUUUUUAGUAAAAUCUCCUUUAAGAAGUAUGAAUAACUCAGCAGUUUGUUAACUUAUUUAUUUUUCCAUAUUGAUCAAUUUAUGAACCUGAGCAAUGCAUGGCCAUCACACAUGUGUGGUAAGAAUAAAUCAUCUUGCAUUGCAAGCAAUUUUUAUUCAGUGACUUAAUAAUAUGAAUCUUUUGUUUAAUUGUUGUAUUGCUUAAUUGCUAUUGCAAUUCGUGUGCAUAAACACAUUUAUUUUCUAGCUGAAUAGAUGAGAAUUUCAAACUAUAUAAAUAUAUAUAUAAUACAUUAUAUAUAUAUAAAUAUAUAUAUAAUACAUUAUAUAUAUGUGCUUGCAAUCAAAAGUUCCAGCUGUUACAAGAAACUGGUAGACAGGAAUUUUAAAGAUAUUAACUUUAGUGAGAAGUUUCUGCUUCUUCUGAUUUAGGUACCUGCUACUUCCCAACAAUUUCAAGAUUGUUAAAGCUGAAUCCAUUUUUUAAAACCCCCC